AUGGAUAAUGGUUUGAUUGUCUAUGAGAGUGUUCUGGAGAAUAUUGUCUUGCUCGUUGACAAUAGAGAGUCGAUGUCAUGGAACAUAGACAAACUAUUCCGUGAGCUCGAAGUAGAGUAUUGGGGAAGAACCCCGAAGGCCAUAGAAGCGCGGAUGGAACGCUACAAGAGGUGGAAGAAUUGGACGGAGGAGAGAAGAACGCGUAUGAAAGAAGGUCUGUAG